AUGUGGCAUGAUAUAAUUCGUCUUGGUCUUGUACGUAUAUUUUAUCCAUGUUUAAUGAUAUUUGGUACAAUUGGUAAUAUAUUAUGUUUAAAAAUUCUUUUACGAAAACGUUUUCGUCGUCAAUCAACAUGUCAAUAUUUAUGUAUAGUGGCUGUUAUUGAUAUUUUAUUUAUUUAUAUGAGAUCAACAAGAUAUUUAUAUCGAUAUAUAUUUCAUGGUGAUUUACGUAAUACAUCAUUAUGGAUAUGUCGAUCAUAUAUAUUUUUUUCAUCAACACUUUCACAUUUAGCUUCAUGGAUACUUGUUAUUGUUAAUUUUGAUAGAUAUUUUAUAAUGAAAAAUUUUUUUCCAUAUCGUCAUGCUGGAUGGCGUGUGAUUAAAUCUACGUGCGUUCUUAUUUUUAUUAUAUGUCUUGUUAAUACACACUAUUUUUACAUCUUAGGUGUUAAUAAGGAUUUAAAUAUUUCAAGUAUUCAUAAAUAUAAAAAUAGUUCUAAUGAAACUUAUAUUUUAACAACACGUUUCGUAUGCAUGGCACGUCCAGAAUUUCAAAAAUUUUUUAGUUUAUAUUUACCAAUAUUUGAUUUACUUUCUGUAGCUAUUAUUCCAGUUCUUCUAAUGAUAUUUACAAAUAUAGGUAUAAUACGUAUAACACAACGUACAAGUCUUUUUUUAACAUCACGAAAACAAAAACGAAAUAAUCGUCUUACAAUUAUGUUAUUAUCAGUUACAUUAGCAUUUAUGCUAUUAACAUGUCCAUCAGUUAUAUAUAUAUGUAUAAAUCGUUUAAUACCAUCAACAUCAGUUUCUGAUACAAAAUUAGUUAUAAUUGAUUUACUUGAAUCAUUAUGGUAUACAAAACAUGCAUUAAAUUUUAUUUUAUAUACAUUAAGUGGACAAGAUUUUCGAAGAGAAUUUCGAAAAUUAAUAUCAUGUUCAAAACGUACAACAUCAAGUACAUUACAAUAUCAACGACGACAACAACAAAAAGAAAAUAAUCUAGUUUCAAUGACUACUUAUAAUUCAUUUCGACAAUCAUCUUCGACUAAUAUUCGUUUACAUAAAUUAAAGAAAAAACGACAAUAUUAUAAUGGAAAUAAUCAAUUAUCAAUGACAUAUUCAAAUACAAUACAAGAUAAAAUAAUUGAUGAUGGAGAAAGUACUCUUGGUGGUGAAUGUGGUUUAUAUUCUGCUAGUUCAAAUGUCAUAUUACCGACAGUACCAUGGUGGACAUAG